AUGCUCAACAGAUUUAUUAGAAGUGCUGCCAGAAACUUGCCAAGAAGAGGACAUGAUGCCCAUGACCACCACCACGAAUUGGUCAUGUUUACCAAUGGUCCACCAAAGAAGGCUGCUGUUGCUGCUUGGAUGACUUUCAUGAUUGGUACUCCAGUUGCCAUUUGUUUCUCAUGGUGGUACACUUAUGUUGGUUCAAAGCUCUCCCAAAAGUAA